AUGCCUGGAUUCACCUGCUGUGUACCCGGCUGCUACAGCAAUUCACAUCGGGACCGCGAUCUGCGCUUCUACACCUUCCCGAAGGACACAGCGCUCAGAGAAUUGUGGCUGAGGAACAUCUCCCGGGCCGGGGUCAGCGGCUGUUUUAGCACCUUCCAACCCACCACGGGGCACCGCGUGUGCAGCGUGCACUUCGUCGGCGGGAGGAAAACCUACAGUAUCCGCGUGCCUUCGCUUUUCCCUCUGAGGGGCGUCAACGAGCGCAGGAAUCGGCGUGGCAGAGGUAAGAAGCUGUCCUCGGCUGUAGCCCCCGCCGGAGCCACCUCCGCCGCCACCACCGGCCUGGUUAUUAACACCGUAUUGGGGAACACGGCCGAGGUCACCGGCGGCGAGGCCAACGACGACAGCAUCACGGUUGUGCAGAUCGGUCAAAACGGGGAGUAUCUGGGCACGGCGCGGCUGCCCGUGGCCACCGAAGCGCCGUUCACCGCGCCCAUCGAAUCGUCCGACGAACUUGCCGUCGCUGCGGACGACCCUUCAUCGGCGGAGGCGAAGCAGGCAGUCGUUCAGUACGUCAGCGUGACCAGCAGCCCGCUGGACCACUCGUACUCGCUGACCACCGGCACAACGUCGGCCGAGCUGCUGCGCAAACUCAACGAGCAGCGGGACAUCAUCGCCCUCAUGGAGGUGAAGAUGAAGGAGAUGAAGGCCACCAUUCGCCAGCUCCGGGUGAUGGAGGCCAAGCUGCUGGAGGAUGUGCGGGAGCGGGACCGGCUGCUCGGCGGCCAUCCGGUGCCUCUCAACGUCAACAAGAAAAUGUAA